CCCAUGCACCUGGUUGAAAGCAAAACCCACGCCGUAAUCAGGAUGGAAUCGCCACUGUCAGCUCUUUCGCCGGUCAAAGCAAGUGCUUUGAACUCGAAGAUCCCAACACCACAAAGCCUGACGCCGACCAAGAUGUCCUCUACACAUGCUUCGAGAUCACCUCUCAAGGCACAGCUUAGUGCCAGCGGGCAGGCAACCCCGGUGCGCGACAAUUGUGACGGCAACGAAAUCGACUGGGAUGAGGGCACUUCGUCGCCAUUUGUUUCUGACCUGGCAGAGGACAAGGAAAACAUCGAGUCCGUAAUGCCGUCGAGAUCGACUUCGUCAUCCGCACUAACAGAAGUCAUCCAUCGUGAUACGGAUGGGAUGGACCUCGACGUCCUAUCCACAGCAACGAAGCAUCGUACACCAUUUAAGAUUGCCGAGGACGAGACUUGUACGUUUCACACAAGCAAGUCGAUAGUGUCCAGAACUUCGUCCCCAUCGAAACCUGCCCUGUCGCGCACAUCCACUCAGAGCUCGCAAGACUCGAUCUCAAUCACGACACACUCGUCAUUUGCAAGCAGAAAUUCACAUCGAGUAACUUCAUUCGGCACAGACGCUGGUGAUUUCACGAUGGUAGAGCCUGACCUGGACGAUACGUGCUUCAGCGUCUUCUCAGAAAUACCGAACGCGGACAUGACAGCCUUUGCAAGACUAGGACAGCAGAGCCCAACUAAGCGAAUGGCGGUUGAUGAGACACCGCGAGCUAGAGCCUUCAAUACUCCAGCUACCGCACACAAACAUGUCUCUCGCACUCCCUCUCCAACACCGCGCCGUGACAUGGCUGCAGGUAUUCCUGAGUACCAAGAUAGUAGCGACACAACGAACUUGCUUCUUGACUUUACUCAGCAAUUUGAGGCCAUCACCAAAAACUACAAGUCAAAAUCACCAACUCGCCGUUCGCCACAGAAGCCAUCUGCGGAGCCAGAUCUUCUUUCUUACAUCCACAGCCAACGGUCGCCCUCUAAGGCUGGUUCAAGCACAAUGACGCCACGACCAAGCAAAAAUAACCUACUCACUCUUCUUGACUUUGAAUUACCACCAGCCCCUACUCCGCGUAGCGUACCAAGUAUCACUGUUCGGGAGAUGGAGAGCCUAAAAUCAAAGUACAGCUCAGAGAUCUCAUCACUACGUGCAACACUGAGCGGUCGCGAAGCGGAGGUUGAGGCACUCAAGCGCGCAUUGAGCGAAGCUGAGCGCCGUGUUGGAGAAGCAAUGGAGAAUUCACGUGAGGAGCGUAGCAAGCGUGAGUUUGUUGAAAAGGAAAAGGAACAAUGGGAGCGACGAGGUCGAGAAUUCGAGGAAGUGCUUCGUAAAGUCAAAGAGGAGGUUCUUGAAGCGGAGAAGGAGCGGUCUGAAAUGCUGGCUCGUAUUGCAGAAGCCGAGCAACGAGUGCAUGAUGCUGAAGAGCGAGCAUCUGCUGCCGAAGCAAGGGCUAUUGAAGCUGCGACCAAGAUUGUUGAUACUGGUUCAACAGCUACAGAUGGUCAGAGAGACGGGCCACUCUUCACAGCCGAACAGGUGCAAAAGCAAAUUGAUGAGAAGAUACACACUUUGAGUACCGAACUUCACGCCAUAUAUAAGAAGAAGCAUAUCACCAAGGUUGCUGGAUUGAAGAAGGGCUUCGAGGCCAAGACCAAGGAGAAGACUGCCGAGCUCCAGGCCCGUAUUGAAGAACUGGAACGAAAGAACGAAGAGCUUCAGCUUAAGCUUGACGGAACGUUGAGCGGUGUUCUGCCGGCGGAGAUUGCUGAGAAGCUAAGAGCUGCACAGGACGAUGUCGCUUCAGAGGAACGAGAAGCGGUGGCAAAGAGGCUGGAAGAACAGAACGCUCUGAUCGAGCGACAGAAGGCCGAGCUUCUUGGGCGCGAGGAAGAACUCCGAACUGCACGCGCUGAAUUUGCGACGUUGAUGAAAGAUCUCGAACGAGAGCGCGUCGAGAAGGGCGAGCUCGUGGCCGCAGUUGAUGAGAUGCUAGCGCUACAGUCAGAGAUCAGUACGAUCAACCCGGAGGCAGGGAACGCAGUGGAAGACUUCAGAAAAAGCAUUUCAAGUUCCAUGAACACAGCGUCGAAACCAAGCGGCAUUCGAGCUCCAGGAGCGUUCGGCUUCAACUCAAGCGUGUCCAGCAGUAAAAUCGCUCCACCCAGCCUGUCAAGGAGUACCAGUGGCGGUAAGAGCAGAAUGAUGAGCAACAUUGAGCGAAUGGCCAGUGGGCGGUCAAUGGAAUAACCAAGGCGUUCAAUGUAACUCUGAUUUUUUUUGGGCCAUCGGCGAGUGGAAUUGGAGAAAGGUGGCGUUUCAUUCACAAAAAUCCAAAGAUUCGCAAGAACAAUGUAAAGAGCGGAUACCAGUGUCGGUAGCGCACGUACUUGAUGGGUUAGUUAUUUUCUCAGCGUGUUUUGGCUUGUAAUCCUAAACAGCUAUCUCUCCGUCUCCAUGCUCAAUUGGAACCACUUAUAAUACACUCCGGAACGCCAUCCAUGCAGACAAUCAUGAGACUAAGUUGGAG